CCAGGGCGGGGUCUGCGUGUGAGCGUGCUGGUCCUUUGUGUUGGUCCUGCGGUGGUCGCCAGGCUGAGAAAAAACGCUUACGUUGAAGAUGAAAGGCGCUCCCUAGUGCAACAGACUAAGGAAAAGGACUAUUUUCUACAUAUAGUUAUUAUUUUUUAAUAAUUACAUAAGAAGAUGAACCCAACAAAUCCUUUCAGUGGGCAGCAGCCUAGUGCUUUCCAAUCAUCUUCUAGUACUUCUAUAGGAACAUUUCAGUCUAAGCCACCAUUUCGAUUUGGUCAACCAUCUCUUUUUGGUCAAAACAAUAUGUUAUCUGGGAAGAGCCCAGGAUUUCCACAGGUACCCAGCUUUCCAGCAUCGUCUGGAGUGAGUCAUUCUUCUCCAUUGCAGUCAUCGGCAUUCACCCAAACCUCAAGCGUUGGACUUUUUUCUGGACUUGAACACAAUCCCACCUUUGUAACUACCUCUGGGCCUUCAAGUUCAUCAGUGCCUGGAAACCCAGGAUUUAGUUUUAAAUCACCUACCAAUAUAGGAGUUUUCCCAAGUACUUCCACUUUUGGACCAGAAGCUGGAGAAAUAGCAAGCUCUGGUUUUGGGAAAGCAGAAUUCAGCUUUAAACCUCUGGAAAAUGCAGUGUUCAGACCAAUAUUGGGGGCUGAAUCUGAGCCAGAGAAAACCCAGAGCCAAAUUACUUCCGGGUUUUUCACAUUUUCCCACCCAAUUAGUAGUGGACCAGGAGGCCUGGCCCCCUUUUCUUUUCCUCAGGUGACAAGCAGUUCAACUUCUAAUUCAAAUUUUACUUUUUCAAAACCAGUUAAUAGUAAUAAUUCAUCAUCUGCCUUUACUCCUGCUUUGUCCAACCAAAAUGUAGAGGAAGAGAAGAGAGGACCUAAGUCCUUAUUUGGAAGUUCUAAUAGCCUCAGUAACUUCCCAGUAUCAUCUGGGGCUUUGGGUGAACCCUUCCCAGUUAGCAAAACAGAUGUCAGACAAGGGUGUGAAGAAGGUGUUUCCCAGAUGGAGCCAUUACCCAGCCUCAUGAAAGGACUGAAAAGGAAAGAGGACCAGGAUCGUUCCCCAAGGAGACAUGGCCAUGAGACAGCAGAAGAUUUGGACCCUCUGUCCAGGGGUGAUCAUCCCCCAGAUAAACGACCUGUCCGUCUGAAUCGACCCCGCGGAGGAACUUUGUUUGAUCGGACGAUACAAGAUGUUUUCAAAAGCAAUAAAGAAGUAGCUCGCCUGAGCAACAAGGAGUCGAAAAAGGACAUUGGCUUUGUCGAAUCUGGGGAAAGUGACCACAUAGCCAUUCCAGGAGGGAGUCAGUCUGUCCUGGCACCUUCCCGGAUUCCAGGUGUGAAUAAAGAGGAAGAAGCUGCAAGUAGAGACAAAAAAGAAGAUUCUCUAAGAGGUCCUCCUGUGCGUCAGAGUAAAAGAAGUGAGAGCACAGACAGUCUUGGGGGCUUGUCUCCUGCUGAAGUUACAGCGAUCCAGUGUAAGAACAUCCCUGACUAUCUCAAUGACAGGACCAUUCUGGAGAACCACUUCAGCAAAAUUGCCAAAGUGCAGCGCAUCUUUACCAGGCGUAGCAAAAAACUUGCAGUGGUGCAUUUUUUUGAUCAUGCAUCCGCAGCCCUGGCUAGGAAGAAGGGGAAAGGUUUGCAUAAAGACAUGGCUAUCUUUUGGCACAAGAAGAAAAUAAGUCCCAACAAGAAGCCAUUUUGCCAGAAGGAGAAGAAACCAGGUGAUGAGGAAGGUGGCCAAGGCAUGGAAGGUGCACCCUUUCAACACUCCCCUCUUGGCAAGCCCACAGGAAGGGCUGUGGCCGGCGGCCUCCUGAGCAAAAGCUCUCCAGUGAAGAAGCCAAGUCUCCUGAAGGCCCACCAGUUUGAGGGAGACCUGUUUGACUCAGGCUCCGAGUGCUCUGAGGGCCUGGGGCCCUGUGUGUCGUCCCUUAGUGCCCUGAUUGGCACCGUGGCUGAGACUUCUGAGGAGAAGUACCGCCUGCUGGACCAGAGAGACAGAGUCAUGCGCCAAGCUCGGGUGAAAAGAACUGAUCUGGACAAAGCGAGGACUUUUGUUGGGACGUGUCCGGACAUGUGUCCCGAGAAGGAACGGUACAUGCGGGAGACCCGGAGCCAACUGAGUGUGUUUGAAGUGGUCCCGGGGACUGACCAGGUGGACCAUGCGGCAGCUGUGAAGGAGUACAGCCGGUCCUCAGCAGAUCAGGAGGAGCCCCUGCCACAUGAGCUGCGGCCCUCAGCGGUACUGAGCAGGACCAUGGACUACCUGGUGACCCAGAUCAUGGACCAGAAGGAAGGCAGCUUGAGGGACUGGUACGACUUCGUGUGGAACCGCACUCGGGGCAUCCGGAAGGACAUCACACAGCAGCAUCUCUGUGACCCCUUGACUGUAUCCUUGAUUGAGAAGUGCACCCGGUUCCACAUCCACUGUGCCCACUUCAUGUGUGAGGAGCCCAUGUCCUCCUUCGAUGCCAAGAUCAACAAUGAGAACAUGACCAAAUGCCUGCAGAGCCUGAAGGAGAUGUACCAGGACCUGCGUGGCAGGGGUGUGGCCUGCGCCCGUGAGGCCGAGUUCCAGGGUUACAACGUUCUGCUCAAUCUCAAUAAGGGGGACAUCCUCAGAGAAGUACAACAGUUCCAUCCUACUGUAAGAAACUCCUCUGAGGUGAAAUUUGCUGUUCAAGCUUUUGCUGCAUUGAACAGUAAUAAUUUUGUGAGAUUUUUCAAACUGGUCCAAUCAGCUUCUUACCUGAAUGCUUGUCUUUUACAUUGUUACUUUAAUCAGAUCCGCAAGGAUGCUCUCCGGGCACUUAAUGUUGCGUACACUGUGAGCACUCAGCGAUCUACUGUCUUCCCGCUGGAUGGGGUGGUCCGCAUGCUUCUGUUCCAAGACUGUGAGGAGGCGACAGACUUCCUCAGCUGCCACGGCCUCACUGUCUCUGAUGGCUGUGUUGAGCUGAACCGCUCUGCAUUCCUGGAGCCAGAGGGCCUGUCCAAAGCCAGGAAGUCGGUGCUCAUUACCAAGAAGCUAGUGGUAUCAAUUGGGGAGAUUGUGAACGGGGGGCCUUUGCCCCCCAUCCCUCAUCAUACCCCCGUGUGCAGCUUCAACUCCCAGAACAAGUAUGUUGGGGAGAGCCUUGCCACGGAGCUGCCUGUUGGCUCUCAGAGACCCUGCCCAGAUGUAGCAGGUGGCGAGAGAGAAGAUGAUGGUGCUGAGCUGGGUGCACCCCUGCCCGGGCCUCUUUCCCAGCCCCUCCCUGUCCCUGUGCCCUCAACAGCACCUCUACCUCCAGCCCUGGCCCCGGCCCCGCCUGUGGCAUCUAGCCUCUUCCAGCCCAGCACACAGCCUGAGCUGCUGCACGUGGAGCCUGUGCCCGUGUACUCUGAUGCGGACCUGGCACAGGUGGUGGAUGAGCUCAUCCAGGAGGCCCUACAGGGGGACUGCGAGGAGGUCGGCUCUGCAGGAGCUGCCUAUGCAGCCGCGGCUCUCGGAGUUUCAGAUGCUGCUGUGGAGGAUCUGUUAGCAGCUGCAACCAUGGGCAUCUUGAGGCAUGUUGCAGCUGAAGAGGUGACUAAGGAAAGGGAGCGGCGAGAGGAAGAGCGACGGCAUGCUGAAGAGGAAAGGUUGAAACAAGAGAGAGAACUGGUGUUAGCACAACUGAGCCAGGGUCUGGCUGCAGAACUGGUGGAGCUCACAGUGACAGAGUGUGUAAGGGACGUCUGUGCCCAGGAGUUGAAGAAGGCACUGGAGACAGACCAGAGAGUCCGCAUGGCCCGCUGCUGUGAGGACGUCUGUGCCCACCUGGUGGACUUGUUUCUCUUGGAAGAAAUUUUCCAGACUACAAAGGAGACCUUCCAGGAGCUCCAGUGCUUCUGCAAGUAUCUACAGCGGUGGAGGGAAGCUGUCACAGCCCGGAAGAAACUGAGGCGCCAGAUGAGGGCUUUUCCUGCUGCGCCCUGCUGUGUGGACAUGAAUGACCGCCUGAGGGCAUUGGCACCCAGUGCAGAAUGCCCCAUUGCCAAAGAGAACCUGGCCAGAGGCCUCCUGGACCUGGGCCAUGCUGGGAAAGUGGGUGUCUCCUGCACCAGGUCAGCAUUCAGCUAUCUCUGCUUCCUCGGGGCUUCCUGUCCCACUGGGAGUAUUCUUCUACCAGUAUUAUUUUCUUUUAUCUACAGAAUUCUAGCAAAUUGGCUAAAGGUCAAGUUCAUGGGGGAUGAUGGUGUAGCAGAUGACACAUGCAGUGAUGCUGGUGGGAUUCAGACACUCGCACUUUUCAACACACUCAGUGGCAAAGGGGACCAGACCAUUUCUGUUAACGUGUGCAUUAAGGUGGCCCAUGGUGCCCUCAGUGACGGUGCCCUUGAUACAGUGGAGAUGCAGAAGGACCUGCUAGGAGCCAGUGGACUGGUGCUGCUACUGCCCCCCAAAGUGAAGAGUGAGGACGUGGCGGAGGAGGACGUAUACUGGCUGUCAGCCUUGCUGCAGCUCAAACAGCUCUUGCAGGCCAAGCCCUUUCAGCCUGCCCUGCCGCUGGCAGUUCUCGUGCCCAGCUCGGGAGGCAACACCGCUGAGAAGGAAGUGGAGGAUGGUCUGAUGCUGCAGGAUUUGGUUUCAGCUAAACUGAUUUCAGAUUACACUGUUAUUGAGAUCCCUGAUUGUAUUAAUGAUCUACAAGGCACAACUAAGGUUUCGCAGGCCGUUCAGUGGCUGGUCUCUCGCUGUCCCCGUGCCCUGGAUCUUUGCUGCCAGACACUAAUUCAGUAUGUCGAAGAUGGGCUUGGCCGGGAAUUCAGUGGCCGUUUUUUCCACGACAGAAGAGAGCGGCGUCUAGGUGGCCUGGCUGCACAGGAGCCAGGCGCUGUCAUCGAGCUGUUCAACAGUGUGCUGCGGUUCCUAGCCUCUGUGGUGUCCUCUGAGCAGCUGUGCGACCUUUCCUGGCCUGUCCCUGAGUUUGCCGAGGCCGGGGGCAGCCGGCUGCUUCCUCACCUGCACUGGAACGCCCCUGAGCACCUCGCUUGGUUGAAGCAGGCCAUACUGGGGUUCCAGCUCCCACAGAUGGACCUUCCACCCCCAGGGGCCCCCUGGUUGCCGGUAUGCUCCAUGGUUGUGCAGUAUGCUGCCCAGAUCCCCAGCUCACGCCAGACACGGCCUGUGCUACAAUCCCAGGUAGAGAGUCUGCUUCGCAGGACCUACCGCAGAUGGAAGGGCAGGAAUCCCAGCUUGGGUGCAGGGCCUGCAGUUUCUGAGGUCCCAUGGGACGAUGUCAUCGCCUUGUGUGUCAACCAUAGGUUGCGAGACUGGACACCUCCCCGGUUGCCCAUCACAUCAGAGGCACUGAGUGAAGAUGGUCAGAUAUGUGUAUAUUUUUUUAAAAAUGAUUUGAAGAAAUACGAUGUUCCUUUGUCAUGGGAACAAGCCAGAUUGCAGACACAGAAGGAGCUACAGCUGAGUCAGGGGCGUUUGGGGGUAAAGCCGUUUCAUCCUGCAAACAGUCCUCCUGCCCCGUUGCCUCACUCACACCGUAAAGGGACAAGGAACACAGAGCAUGGCCAUGGGCGGAGGGUGCCCAGCACAGAGGAGCUAUUACGAGGUGCCUCCGCUGAGGAGCUUCUGGCACAGUGUCUGUCCAACGGGCUGCUCCUGGAGAAGGAGGAGAACAGGAGGUUUGAGGCUCGACUUCAGCAGUGGUUGUCUGAGGGCUCGGGUGCACUCCCGGAGGCAGCGCCCCUGCCCCUUUACCUCCCUCAGACUCUAGUGUCUCUUCCUCAGACUUUGGAGCCUGUGAUGCAGACACCUGUGGUUGCUGGCCGGCAGAGUGAAAGGACAGGAGGACAGCUGCAGCUGGCAGCGGCGACAGGCACAUCUCUGACUGAACGGCUAAAGCACCUAGAAAGGCUGAUCCAGAGCUCGAGGGAUGAGGAAGUGGCUUCUGCACUCCACCUCUCUGCACUGCUGGACAUGGUGGACAUCUGAGUGGCCUGGCCUGAGGGGAGGGAUCUGUCCAGAAGAGUUUCUGCUUUUAUUCAAAAUAAUGUUAUUCUCAGAUGCUUGAUGCACUGUUGGAAAUGUGAUUAUUAAUCAUGCAAAUAAACCAUUCGAAUGUC